ACCUCAUCUUGGGAUCUAUAAAUAUUUAUGCAAUGUGAGAAGCUCCUGGCAGCUCUCAACCUUACUCCUAUAUAUACUAAUUUAAUUAUUCACCAACACCUGCGAGGUCAUUAGCGCAAGCAACUACGCCUGCUUCAAGAAACAGCCUCAAAAUCUCUCUACAUAUAAGUACUUGAUAUCAUCUCUUUGUGCAUUUCUUGGAAAAUUAUUUAAUUCCAAGCUCACGUUCAGAGCAGAAAAUAUGGUGUUCAAGUUGAACAACCAGUUGUUAUCAAAGAUAGCAACCGGAAAAGGACACGGGGAAGACUCACCGUAUUUUGAUGGAUGGAAGGCAUAUGACAACGAUCCAUAUCAUCCCACCAAGAAUCCAGAUGGAGUUAUCCAGAUGGGUCUUGCAGAGAAUCAGCUUUGCUUCGAUUUGAUUCAAGAAUGGCUCAAGAACAACCCAAAAGCCUCCAUUUGCACAACUGAAGGAGCAGAGGAAUUCAGGGACAUAGCUAUCUUUCAAGAUUACCAUGGCUUGGAAGAAUUCAGAAUUGCUAUUGCAAAGUUCAUGGCAAAAGGAAGAGGGGAUAGAGUAACGUUUGACCCUGACCGCAUUGUCAUGAGCGGAGGAGCCACCGGAGCUCAUGAGAUGAUCGCCUUCUGCUUGGCAGAUCCCGGCGAUGCAUUUUUGGUGCCAACUCCUUAUUAUCCUGGAUUCGAUCGAGACUUGAGAUGGAGAACAGGAGUUCAACUUUUUCCAGUUGACUGUGAAAGCUCUAACCACUUCAAGAUUACAAGAGAAGCCUUAGAAUACGCUUAUGAGAUGGCACAAUUAGACAACAUCAGAGUAAAGGGCUUGCUCAUAACCAAUCCAUCAAAUCCUUUAGGUACAAUCUUAGAUAGGGAAACGCUAAAAAGCAUUGUCAACUUCAUCAAUGAGAAGAACAUCCAUUUAGUCUGCGAUGAGAUCUACGCGGCCACAGUUUUCAGCCAGCCUGAAUUUGUUAGCAUUUCAGAGAUAAUAGAGGAAGAGGUGGAGUGCAAUCUUGAUCUUAUCCACAUUGUUUACAGCCUCUCUAAGGAUAUGGGAUUCCCUGGAUUUAGAGUAGGAAUUGUUUACUCUUAUAAUGAUGCAGUUGUGAGCUGUGCUCGCAAGAUGUCAAGCUUCGGAUUAGUGUCGUCGCAGACUCAACACUUGAUUGCUUCAAUGUUAUCAGAUGAUGAAUUUGUAGACAAUUUCAUCAUGCAAAGCAAGAAGAGAUUAGCUUCAAGGUAUAGUAGCUUCACUAAAGGGCUUGCUCAAGUAGGGAUCAAGUGUUUAAAGACGAGCAACGCGGGCCUUUUUGUAUGGAUGGAUUUGCGUAGGCUUCUCAAAGAGCAGACGGUUGCAGGGGAGCUUGCACUAUGGAGAGUGAUAAUUAACGAUGUCAAGCUCAAUGUUUCGCCAGGUUCUUCUUUCCAUUGCACAGAGCAAGGGUGGUUUAGAGUUUGCUUUGCAAACAUGGAUGACCAGACAGUGGAAGUUGCUUUAUCAAGAAUUAAGACAUUUAUGCUCAAGAACAAGGAAGCCAUGAUGCCAGUGAAGAAAUUACGCUGGCAGGGCAGCCUCAAACUCAGCUUCUCCUCUCGAAUAUAUGAUGAUUUCAUCAUGUCUCCCCACUCUCCUUUUCCUCAAUCUCCUCUUGUUCAAGCCAGAAAUUGAGCAUGUUUAGUGGAUCCUGACAAGCUGUCGUGGAGUAAAAAUGCAACAUAUCAAUGAUGGAAGAGGAUUCUAUUUCAUUACAGUCCAUUACAGUUCAACCAAACUAGGCACUUACAUCAGUAUAAAAUAACUUUUACCUAUUUCUAUGCAACUAAAAGAGACACGAUAAUCUUUUCUAUGUUUGAGGAUAGUCAUAGAAUUACUGCUUCCCUUUUUAUGUAUCCUUAUUCUUUUGUUGUUUGUAGCCAGUGGGAGAUUGAUGCAUGCAUGUUUUGAUAUAAUGGUUACAACCAAUGUCUAUCAUAACCCGUUUGCAAACAAAAUGUACCAUAGUGUUUCUUUUUUUCUUUUUUCACAUGCAAAAUGUUCAGUGUAAAAAAUUCAUUAUUUACUAUUGAGUUUCAAUUUUUUAUGCA